AUGGCAAGCAAUCAGAAUCAAAUUUCCACCCGCAUGGCGGCGAUAGUGAAGGCUCUUGAACCCAUAACAUCUGCCACUGGUGAAGUGCACAAAGCCCAUCCCAACGAUAUAAAGUUUGGUGAUGGAGAGAAUAAAUUGAUGCAGAGCAAGAUGAUUGACGUCUGCAAAGAUGCAAUGGCCAAAAGUAUUUCCAUGAAGACAUUCGCCAAUCCAAACGGGUUUGAAGGAGAUGAGACACUGAAACAAGCAUUUGCGAGCUAUUUCAAUACAUACUUCAAUCCUUCUAUUCCAGUAGAGUCAGAGCAUAUCGUACCCACUGCCGGAUCUGGUAACGCGCUCGAGUCUUUACUAUGCACCAUCUGCGAUGCAGGCGACAGUGUUCUUUGCCCAGCGCCCGCGUGGAGGGCCUAUGGUUUUUUUGGAAUGUUCCAUGCGGGGAUAAGUAUUAUUCCGGCGUACGUUGAGACAACAUCACAAUCAUGGUGGGUAGAUAGCAUGUCACUCAGUGUUAUAGCUGCACUGGAGAAAGCUUAUACAUCUGCGCCGGAUUCUCACAAAAUCAAAGCUGUCUUGAUUUCUAAUCCGAGUAAUCCAUUCGCAAGAUGUUGGCCCGAGGAUGUGCUUCGGGAAAUGGCGAAGUUCUGUAAUAAAUAUGGUCUUCAUUUUAUCUCUGAUGAGGUGUUUGCGAAUACUGCAUUUCAUCCCCAGGAUGAGAAGUUCACUUCCAUGCUGUCUGUUUUACAUUCACAAGAGGCGAUAGCGGAUGAAGAUUUUUCCACUACUACUGAAUCGCAAGAUACGAUUGAUUCGAGUCGCGUGCAUAUUGUAUGGAGCAUGUCAAAGGACUUUGGGGCUUGUGGUGUCCGAUCAGGAUGUGCGAUGACAUACAACCCUCUCGUCCGAAGUGGUGUCUCAUAUGCAUCAUUUUGGCAAAUCUCAUCCUUGACUGCUCAUUUUACAACAGCAGUUUUGACUUCGCCACUCACACCCUCGUGGGUAUCAGAUACCAAGACCCAAUUGCGGAACUUGCAUAACCUGUGUCGGGAUAUUCUGGUAGUCCCGGAACUUUCAGGUAGAUUAGAAAUUUUACCUGCUAAUGCUGGUUUUUGGGUGAAUGCGAUUGUCACACUGAGAGAAGGCGAGACCACGAAAGAUAUCGUGGUGAGGGCUAGAACAAAUCAUAUAUUGAUUGAUGUUGGGAAUGACUUUGGUCGGUUCUUGGGUGAACGUCAGGGUGAGUUCAAAAUCACAUUUUCAAAGGAGGAAGGCGUUCUCAGAGCAGGCUUGGAAAGAUUGAAAGAGAGCUUGGUGUGA